CGCCGACAUUUCCCGGAGAAGCGGCCGGCUCUGACGGGCGAGAUGAAGCGCCCUGGCUGUUGGAAGAUGCUCACAGUGGCGAUGUGCAUGGCCUUUGUGGCUUGCCUGCAGGCCCAGGAGCUCCAGGGACAUGUCUCCAUUAUCCUGCUGGGAGCGACUGGGGACCUGGCCAAAAAAUACUUAUGGCAGGGACUGUUCCAGCUGUACCUGGAUGAGGUGGGGAAGGGCUACAGUUUCAGCUUCCAUGGGGCUGCCCUCACGUCCACCAAGCAGGGCCAGGAGAUCAUCACCAAGGUCCUGGAGUCCCUCUCCUGCCCUGAGGACGUGGCGCCCGGGCGCUGUGCCCAACUCAGGGGCCAGUUCCAGCAGCUGAGCCAGUACCACCAUCUGAGGACGAGUGAAGACUACAUGGCCCUGAGCAAGGACAUUGAAGCACAGCUCGAACACGAAGGCCUCCGGGAGGCCGGCAGGGUUUUCUACUUCUCGGUGCCACCCUUCGCCUAUGCGGAUAUUGCUCGCAGCAUCAACAGCAGCUGCCGCCCGGGCCCGGGUGCCUGGCUGCGGGUUGUCCUGGAGAAGCCCUUUGGCCACGACCACCUCUCAGCCCAGCAGCUGGCCACGGAACUUGGGAGUUUUUUCCGAGAGGAGGAGAUGUACCGGGUGGACCAUUACCUGGGCAAGCAGGCCGUUGCUCAGAUCCUGCCUUUCCGAGACCAGAACCGCAAGGCCUUGGACGGCCUCUGGAACCGGCACCACGUGGAGCGGGUGGAGAUCAUCAUGAAGGAGACCGUGGAUGCAGAGGGCCGCACCAGCUUCUAUGAGGAGUACGGCGUCAUUCGCGACGUGCUCCAGAACCACCUGACGGAGGUCCUCACGCUCGUGGCCAUGGAGCUGCCCGACAACGUCAGCAGCCCAGAGGCCGUGCUGCAGCGCAAGCUUCAGGCCUUCCGGGCUCUGCGGGGCCUGCAGAAGGGCAGUGCCGUCCUGGGCCAGUACCAGGCGUACGGGGAGCAGGUGCGCAGAGAGCAGCAGAAGCCAGCCAGCUUCCACAGCCUGACGCCGACCUUCGCAGGCAUCCUCGUUCACGUAGACAACCUUCGCUGGGAGGGCGUCCCUUUCUUCCUGAUGUCUGGCAAAGCCUUGGAUGAGAGAGUGGGCUAUGUGCGGAUCUUGUUCCGGAACCAGGCUUACUGUGCCCAGAAUGAGAAGCGCUGGGUGGCAGACCAGAGCCAGUGCCUGCCUCGGCAGAUCGUCUUCUACAUCGGACACGGUGAGCUGGGCAGCCCUGCUGUGCUGGUCAGUCGGAACCUGUUCAGGCCCUCUCUGCCCUCUGAGCGCUGGAAGGAAGUGGAGGGCCGGCCCGGGCUCCACCUCUUCGGCCGCCCUCUGUCGGAUUACUAUGCCUACAGCCCCGUGAGGGAGCAGGACGCCUAUUCUGUCCUCAUAUCCCACAUCUUCCACGGCCGCAAGGACUCCUUCAUCACCACGGAGAACUUGCUGGCCUCCUGGGUUUUCUGGACCCCCUUGCUGGACAGCCUGGCCCACGAGGUCCCGCGCCUCUACCUGGGAGGAGCCGAGAGCGGGCACCUGCUGGACUUCGAGUUGAGUGGCACCCAGUUGCGCUUCUCCCGGCCGCAGCUGGAGCAGCUGGUGCCGGGCCCAGGCUCCGCUCCGAAGCCCAGCGAUUUCCAGGUGCUCCGCACCAAGUACCGGGAGAGCCCGCUGAUCUCGGCCUGGCCUGAGGAGCUGAUCGCGCAGCUGGCUGCUGACAUCGAGGCCGCAGCUGUGCGGGCGGUGCGGCGCUCUGGCGAGUUCCACCUGGCGCUGUCCGGCGGCUCCAGCCCCGUGCCUCUGCUGCAGCAGCUGGCCACCCGGCACUACGGCCUCCCCUGGGCCCACACGCACCUGUGGCUGGUGGACGAGCGCUGCGUCCCUCUUCGGGACCCUGAGUCGAACUUCCAGGGCCUGCAGGCUCACCUCCUGCAGCACGUCAGGGUCCCCCACUACAAUGUCCACCCCAUGCCAGUGCACCUGCAUCAGCGCCUCUGUGCCGAGGAGGACCGGGGCGCCCAGAUGUACGCCAGCGAGAUCUCGGCCCUGGUGGCCGACAGCAGCUUCGACCUGGUGCUGCUGGGCAUGGGCACGGACGGGCACACGGCCUCCCUGUUCCCCCAGUCGCCCACCGGCCUGGAGGGCACGCAGCCGGUGGUGCUGACCAGGAGCCCCUCCAAGCCACACCAGCGCAUGAGCCUGAGCCUGCCCCUCAUCAACCGUGCCCGCAAGGUGGCAGUCCUGGUCAUGGGCAGGCUGAAGCGUGAGAUCACCAUGCUGGUGAGCCGCGUGGGCCACGAGCCCAAGAAGUGGCCCAUUUCCGGCGUCCUGCCGAGUUCUGGCCAGCUGGUUUGGUAUAUGGACUAUGAGGCUUUUCUGGGAUGAUGGUGCCUUUGGCCUUUGCUUGCUCCCAAGCUUGCUUUUCCCGGUACUUUCCCCUUCCCCUUGGUCCUGCCACCUGUCCUGGCUCUUUCCCCGGUACUUUCCCCUUCCCCUUGGUCCUGCCACCUGUCCUGGCUCUCUGGAACCUGAUGCCUCAAGACUAGGCCCCCAGAGAGGAAAGGACGAGGCCUUAUCCCAGUCCCUUUGACGGUCCGUAUCUAGUUGUGGGCAGACACAGACACAAAGAAGAAAUGGAGUCUGCUCUUGAGAAGCUUCCAGUCCAAGUCAGGAGAGAAAUAUCCGCCUUAAGAACAUACCAGCAGCAGUUACACAAUAACACCAGCCAGCACAAAACAGGACGGUGUGAGAGCUCCCACCUUCAGCAGAAAUGCAAUGGCUAGGGUUAAUCAGGGAAGGCUUCCUGGAGGGGGUGAACCUUGAACUGGCUCCUGUGGAAGAGAAGACUGUGGAUAGUACAGAGAAGGGAGCACGGGUUCCAUCAGGUACAGAGCCCACACGAAGCAGGUGCUAGAAACUGUCCAGAGACCUUGAGUUGGCCGUUUCUUCCAUCCCUCCCCUUCUUCCUGAGCCUCUGACGUUUAGCCUACUGUCCUGGCCUCUUUGUGGCUGCCUCCUCCGCUCUCUCUGGGUUCCCUUCCCCUCUGUCUCCCUGCUGUCCCCCAGACAGAUGAAGGAUGGUAGCAGGAACACAGCAACAAACACUAAGAAGGUCCCAGAAAUCUUGCAGCUGUUAUUUGGAGCUCCCUUUCGCAGUAGAUGGACUUCUCUGCGUGGGGGGAGGCCCCCCGCCCACUCUCCCUUCUCUAGCCAACCCCCUUCGUGAUACACAGUGGGCACAGAUGAUUCGGCCAUUCCAGGGAUCCCUCACUCCAGAGGGUCCUUUACACCUCAGGGGACUUCCGGUGGGCAUUUCCACUCUCAGUAGACCCUGUUGCUUCCCCAGGAAAGAUCCAAUUAAGCCUUUCUGUGAUGCGGACACAUCAUUUGUGGGGAGAGCUGUGAUGGAAAUGGUCCAGAUCCUGCAGGUGCUCUGAUCUGACCAGACAGGAGCUGGGCCUCCUCCGCGGGCAACUGCAGCUCCCAGGCAGCGCUGGCUGCCCACGAGCUUCUCAGGGACCUGGCCGGCCCCCGCCCUCCUCACACUACCUCUCGGGGGCAUGGAGCCCACCUGCCUGCCGUGUGCUGGCCUGGCCUGUCACCGCGGACACACUGACCCCCGGGGAAAACAACAGGUAGCUUCUGUUCAGAGGAGGUUGGGUGCUGUAUUCUUGAUUAGCGCCGGGCCAGUAAUAGUGUGUGGGGGGGGGGCUGUCUCUCUGAAAUUCUUGUAAAAAAUAUUCUCACACACGUAAUUAGUAUUUCAACUUCCCACGUCGUCGUGCGCCCAAGACAGGACUGUAAAGGAAUGAGACCGAUUUUUCCUGUGUGACUGCUUGACACCUCGUAUCAAGUGUUGAUGUCACCCUGAGGGCUUUCCUUGGUGAGGGGGAGCGUCGCCAAAUGUAUUUCUCUGCUUCUGCUUCUGAGUGUUUACACUUUCUUCAAGGCUGUGGAUUUAAAAGCAUUCUGGGCCCUGAGCUGAGGGUUCUCUAUGUGAAAGGCUCUCCUGUUGAACGUCCCCUGGCCUCCCACGACCCGUCUGGACAGGACAUCUCUCCUUACACCGAGAGAGCUAACCUCGGCAAAGCAGAACCCCAGUGCCCGGUCGGGAAGUCUCUCUCUCUGGGGGUCUGCGUUUUAGCUUUUUUUUUUUUUUGCUUCUGGGGGCCAGCGCUCAUGAGGGGACACGGGUGGUUGUGUGGCCACGUGGGGGCACUCUUGCACCAUCCCGGCCCUCCCUGUGCCAGCCCCUGGCCUUGAGCUCUCCCCCAUGUGUUCUUCAGGAACUUCAUCCUCUGUGGUUGCAACACUGACGGAAAGCGACCUCCACGCGCCCAAGAAUCAGUCCAGGAUGUGGGCCAGGAGGCCCUGAUGUCACCAUUUCUGAAUAAUAGUGAGUCAGUGUGGGCCUGAGCCCAGGACCUCCCGUCUGAGAGGAGGACCUUGCCUCAGAACCCAGCCUUCAUCGGUGGAGCAUAUGUCAGGGGCCGGGGUGGGGCAGAGGUGCCAAGUGCUGCCCUGAAGUCACACCACAGGAGUCCCCUGUGUCCCAUCCUGGGAAGGAGGGUCUCAGAACUGGGCCACCGAGACGGAUGGUGUUCCACCUUUGUGGACCACGAGCCAUGGCCAGAAGCACACCUUACGUCGGGAAUCCGUCAUCACAUUCGUGUGUGAGUCUGCCUCACGCACAAGUUCCAUGAAGGAAUUCUUACCUUAGAACGUGAGAUACCCUCCGGUUUCUAUUUCAUGUUUGGGAAAUGCUCCCUAGAACCUACUAGAUUGAUACAUGGUUCGAAAAAUGCUGCUCCAGUCCAACUUCAUCCCGUGUCUGAGCCGAGGGCCCGAGGUGCGGAAGGGAGCACGUGUGUCCAGCUCACACAGGGGCCACCAGGGAGCACGUUGGGACGGGAGCCUGGGCUUUCCAUUCCUGCAGCUUCGUGCCGUGGGCCCACCUGGCGCAGCGAGGCUGCCGUGGCCCCUGGGGUGGGUGCUCGGCACCCCCUUCCUCACGGGGUUGAUGAGGCCGACGCGACACGCUGCUUGGUCUCCUUACUCUCUCAAGCACCCCGUGAGGAAAGUGGAGGCGUCCUUGUUUACAGAUGACUUUGACGCUGGAACUGAGGUUGUCUGAUGACAACAGGCCAGGGUGCCAGCCCCGUGGUGCCCCCUCCUUCCCAGGGAGCUCUCGGUGCCCAGAGGGGCUGUCACGGAGCGGCGGGCGGGAGCCCGUGUGCCCUCGUGGACCUGGGAGAGGCGGAGGGCCCCCCCCCAGCGAUUUAGCAUCUCUAGAGCGAGCACCUUACCAUUUGUUGUGGGGAGAGAGGGGAGGGACUUUCCAGGUUGUUGUAAACUAGGUUCUGAGUUUGAUCUGGGAGCACAGUUCUCUGCUAACCACAAGUUAAAAUAGUCGCGUUGACCUUCCCUGCUUCUUGUUUCUCUGCAGACAGAGCUUUAUUCCCACCUGGGGCCUCCAGGUUAGCGGCCCGGCGGUGCAGAGCGCUCCCCCAGGGUCGUCUCCCCGGAGGCACGGGCCUGCUGUCCCCGGGCCCAGAGCUCGCUCCUGCUUUGCCUCGCGCCCUGCUUUCCCCGUUUGUACAGAGAGCUGAGGGCAGUGUGACAGAGCAAGGCGGGCAGAAGCUUCCACGAGACCUUAAGGGGUGGUUUCCCGCAGUUUAGUUUUCAGGAACAACAAAAAACUUUAUUUUCAACAAAAAUACAUGCAGCCUCACAUAAGCACACUCUGUUUUAUCCGGUUAGAUUUUUAUCCUAGGCAGACAGGACCCUGCAGACCUUAGGCCACUUGUGGAAAAGCUGCCUGGCGGCGUGUUCGAGAACGCACAGGGCACAGGGCCCGGGGUGCCCGUGGUGGCCAGCCAGCGCCAUCCCGCCCACCCACCCCCUUGAAAGACAAACCCGGAGGGCCGAGGGCCUUGGAAGGGCGGAUCACAGCGGGGGACGGGGGGGAGGACGGCUCAGUUGGUCCGCCCGGCGCUCAGAGGCUCUGUGCACACAGCUGGUGUCGCCUGUCGCAAGUGUGGGUUUCUUCCCAUGUGCGCCCUGCCUGCCCUUGUUUCCCUCCGCCGACCGGAGGCUCACCCGCGCCGCCGUCUCUGUCCAGCUUCCGUCUGGUGUUUCGGGCCCGGGGCCUGAGGGGGGCGCUAGCGUGCGGCGGGGCUGGCCUGUGUCACACCCUGUGCAGGCUCCGUACGAAGUGACCAUCCCUUCGUGCCCUGUCAGCACUAGGGCAGAGCGCCGCCCCCGUUCAGAGCCGUCUUCCCACCACACGGGUCUUCACCGCCUGGAGUGAGCGGGGACCCAGCCCGGCAUGUGUUUCUGGGGACGUGCGGUGGCAGAGGUCUUCUCCAGAGGCGGCGCUCGGUGGCCUCCAGGGGUGGGCUGUGAGCGCGGCCUCCACGGCUCAUGGCUAAGCGAGGUGCCAAUUCACGAGUGCUGUCGCCAGCACGAGACAGAAACAGCAAGAGAUUGGAGGAGGCAUUCCCGAAAUUCUAGCGAUCCCUUCGGGGAAGCUUCCUCCCCGGGCAGCUCCGGGAGCUCCUGUUUGCAAAGCAGACCCCUGGGGGCCGUGUCUGUGUGUGACCUGAAGGCGGACAGGGCGGGGGUGGGGGGGGGGCGUCUAGGGGAAUCAUGUUGAUUCCCUAGGAUGGUCUUUGUCCCAACCCCUUGCCCUGCUCUGGGGUGUUUUGCUGGAAAUCUCUGCAUCUUUUCUGUCCCUCUGGUGUAGGGCCAAGCAAACACAUUUUCAUCUGCUGAGAGCCCAGGGGAGCAUAUUUGGAUGGCUAGUAGUUCGCUUUGAAAGUGGAAGUGUAAACAGACGCUACAUAAAUUUGUCAGUUUGGGUCUUCAGCUGUAGCGCUACAGAAGUCUAGAAAGGUCAGUUAUAAAAUGUCGUGAGAUACUUAACUAGGAAAGGACAGGACCCUGGGUUAGCUCCGACCGAGGGUCCCGAGCGCAUCCAGCUCUCCGAGGUGUGACCUGUAUGGUCUCCUCCUCCUGGUCCCGCAAGCAGGGGUCGAGUGCAGGGCCUCGUCCCCAGCCAGGAAGGCCGAGCUGAUCCAGAGCCAGCAAGAGAUCUAGAUGGGGCGUGGGGCCAGCGUGGAAGCCAGGGUGUGUUGCAGUCGGGACCGUGUCCAGGCGGUCUCCGUCCCGUGCUGGGACACUCCCGUACUGGGCUUCUGCCCGGCGAGCAGAGUGGCAGGCAAGCUCCUUUCUCAGAAGGCCUGUGUCCUUUGUGUGGUGCGGUGGGGAGACCGUAGGCGUGAACCCCCUCUCUGCCAAGUGACAGUGAUGUGCCUUGUCUUCUUGCACAAAGAGAAACUGCCCCUGGUUUUUAUGGAAGCGGCGGACACUUAACGAUGUCUCAGACAGUGAGACACAUUCAGAACAGAGUUUUUAAAAUGACUUUUUGUAUGUCAAAUGUAACAUUUAUUUUUUAAACAAUAAAAUUGUUUUGCC